AAUCCAAAGAUGAGUUCUGUUCAGACUCAGAAAGAGAUGGAGCACCAUUUACAAUUCAUGCGAAUGCUGCAGGAAAUUCCGAGGAAUACUACGACAUCGGAGACCCUUUUAUCGAAUGUCGUUAUUGUAAAGCAAUGAUGUGGUAUCAAGAGAGGAUGCACAAGAGUUCCCAUUCCGCUAACCCGAAGUUUAUGUUGUGUUGUGGGAACGGGAAAGUUGAACUACCAAUGCUUAGACAACCUCCAGAAAUACUUGCAAAGCUAUUGCUUGAUCACGAGAAUGUUGUUAGCCGGAAAUUUCAACAACACAUCCGUGUUUACAACAUGAUGUUUGCAUUUACUUCACCUGGAGCAAAGUUGGACAAUCGUUUUAACGAUGGACGUGGGCCACUAACACUAAGGAUACAAGGUCAAUGCUGUCAUCGAAUCGGAAGUUUGUUGCCUGCUCAAGGUCAAAAACCGAAGUUUGCUCAAUUAUAUAUUUAUGACACGGAGAAUGAAAUUGAAAACCGAAUGCAUGGACUAAGGAACAAAGAAAACUUUGAUCCAGUGGUUAUCAAUCAGUUAUCCAAUAUGCUGUAUGAAUUCAAUCCUCAUGCUAAGAGUUUUCAGAUGGCAAAGCAAUGGUUGAAUAAUGGGGAAGCUCCAAACUUGAAGCUGCGACUCAUUUCUAACAGAUCCACUGAUGGGAGAGUGUAUAAUCAACCAACUGUAUCUGAGGUUGCAGCCUUGGUUGUCGGUGAUAUUGACACAGCUGAAAUGAGGGAUAUCAUAAUGCAAACAAAGGGAGGACGACUUCAAAGAAUCAACGAACUGCAUGCAGCUUAUAUGGCUUACCAGUAUCCUUUGAUAUUUCCUUAUGGUGAGGAUGGUUAUAGACCUGAUGUAGCAUAUAGAGACUUGCCUUUCAAAGAAAAUAGCAUAAGAAAUAGGCUUACAAUACGCGAGUGGCUUGCAUUUCGCAUUCAAACAAGGUUAACCGAAGCUAAGACUCUGCUAUCUUCUAGAAGGUUGUUUCAGCAAUUCCUGGUCGAUGGUUACACAACGUUGGAGUCCGAGAAACUAGAAUGGCUACGCAAAAACCAACCUAAGCUUCAGGUUACCAAGUACAACUCUUUAGAGAAAGAGGGCGAACAGAGUCAACUUCUAGGUGUAAGCAUAGGUAAGCGAGUUGUUUUGCCUUCGUCCUUUGUCGGUGGUCGUAGGUUUAUGGAUCAAUUAUACUAUGAUGGGAUGGCUAUAUGCAGUAAAGUUGGGUUUCCUGAUUUGUUUAUUACUUUUACCUAUAUGUACACCAUUGAGUUCCAAAAGAGAGGAUUGGCCCAUGCCCAUAUAUUGAUCUUUUUGCAUCCUUCAAACAAAUAUCCAGGACCCGAAGACAUUGACAAGAUCAUAAGUGCUGAAGUGCCCGAUCCGGAGACACACCCUCGGUUGUACAAUUUGGUGAAGGCUCACAUGGUUCAUGGUCCCUGA